ACAUUUUCAUCCUGUGGGUUUCACCUUAGCUCGAACAUCAUGUCUAGUUCUAAUGGUGCCAAAGAGAAUUCCCACAACAAGCCUCGGACAUCUCCUUACCCGGGUUCCAAAGUCCAACGCAGCCAAGUUCCUAAUGAGAAAGUAGGCUGGUUUGUUGAGCGGCAAGACUAUAAUCCUGUGGAAUACACUGCAGUCUCUGUCUUGGCAGGACCGAAGUGGGCAGAUCCUCAGAUCAGUGAAAGUAACUUCUCUCCCAAGUUUAAUGAAAAAGAUGGGCAUGUUGAGAGAAAGAGCCAGAAUGGUUUGUAUGAGAUUGAAAAUGGAAGACCCAGAAAUCCUGCAGGACGGACAGGACUGGUUGGCCGGGGGCUUUUGGGGCGAUGGGGCCCAAAUCAUGCUGCAGAUCCCAUCAUAACCAGGUGGAAAAGGGAUGGAAGUGGAAAUAAAAUCACCCACCCCAUUUCUGGGAAAAACAUCUUACAGUUUGUGGCAAUAAAAAGGAAAGACUGUGGGGCAUGGGCAAUCCCAGGGGGGAUGGUGGAUCCAGGAGAGAAGAUUAGUGCUACACUUAAUAGAGAGUUUGGUGAAGAAGCUCUCAACUCCUUACAGAAAUCCGGUGCGGAGAAGAGAGAAUUAGAGGAACAGUUGCACAAACUCUUCAGCCAGGAACAUCUAGUGAUAUAUAAGGGAUAUGUUGAUGAUCCUCGAAACACUGAUAAUGCAUGGAUGGAGACAGAAGCUGUGAACUACCAUGAUGAAAUAGGUGAGAUAAUGGAUAACCUUACCCUAGAAGCUGGAGAUGAUGCUGGAAAAGUGAAAUGGGUGGACAUCAGUGAUCAACUCCAGCUUUAUGCCAGUCACUCUCAAUUUAUCAAACUUGUGGCCGAGAAGCGAGAUGCACACUGGAGUGAGGACUCUGAAACUGAGUGCCGUGGGUUGUAG